AUGCCAGACAGGCCUCUCGCGGACAACGAACGUCGUCAAACAGUUGAUCGCCGUUACUUGAACAGAGAAAGUCUCCAGGCUUGCCUCGAGCAACUGUUUCCGGGGCAAACCGAUUUCAAGAUUCGGUUGCAAGAUGAAAUAUGGUCAUUUAUUGCCCCAAGAGUGGUGGAGACGGUUGAGUUCGACAUAUGA